AUGGUGGAAAAAGUACCAAGACCGAAAGGCCGACCAAGAACGUUGCCUAUUGCCGAACGGAAAAAAGUAUCUCGUGCUUGCGAUGUUUGCAAGCGGCGCAAAAUGAAGUGCAAUGGUGUUAAUCCCUGUAAUUAUUGCAACUCAAAGUCCUUGAUAUGCAAGUACUCCAAUGUUGACGGCCGCUCUUUAAAGUCAAAAGCGUAUUUGGAGAAACUCCGCUUUGAUCAACAACACAAUGGCUCCGAAAUGGUGCCAAUGCCAGUGUCAGGUCCCGAUGAUCUUUCAUUGGAGAUGAAAACAUCGUCAACAAAGGCAACAACAACAACAACAACAACAACAACAACAACAACACCAUCAUUAAUUCCUGCAAUGCCUAUGAAACAUCCAUCGUUGGCAACUUCGCCUUUGCUGGGGCCAGUAUUGACGCAAUCAUCAAAAUCGCUACCGGGAGAAAAUGUGCCGGCACAACAUCCACUGGCAGCUGCAUUACCCUCAGUAGCGCCACCACAACAACAUCCACUGGCAGCUGCAUUACCCUCAGUAGCGCCACCACAACAACAUCCACUGGCAGCUGCAUUACCACCAGUAGCGCCACCACAACAACAUCCACUGGCAGCUGCAUUACCCUCAGUAGCGCCACAACAACCUCCACCAGCACCAUCUGCACAAUCACAAUCACCGCAGAGUGGCAAGCUGCCGUCAAUAUCAUUAAGUGUUAUUUGCGAAAAUUUACAAGCAGCACUAACGAAUGAAAACGUACAAACUUCUCCUUCCAAAAACCAAGAGUUGAAAGAAGGUUUAUCUAAUCUCAAUGGUAAGUACACUCGACUUUUAACUUCAAAAACGGGGAAUUUGAGAUUUUUUGGUGAGAGCAGCGCACUAUCGUUGUUGAGCGAAUGUCGUAGCUUAUUUAGAGACGUUUGUGGUUCAAGUAAGUUUACUGAUGACCCAGACCAGGGGUUUAUCAGCGACGAGAGUGUUGAUUUCAGCCAUCUUCCCAUUCCCGUGCAACUACCGACAAAAGAAGAUGCUUUUGUUUUGAUAGAUUUGUUCAAGACCAAUAUCAAUGACACUUUCUACAUUUUUAAUAUGAAGUAUUUCAAUAAACACAUCUUCAAUGAAAUAUAUCUGAAUCCGGUGAACUGCAGCACAAAAAGAUUAUGUUUGCUUUAUCAUGUGUUUGCUCUUGGAAGAUUAUUUUCCCAGUGUUCGCCGCAUAUGGAAUUAAACUUGCCAAAUCUGGAUGUGUUUUUUAAUCUGGCACAAGCUCUACUUUUGAGUAAUGUGUUUGAUGGUAAGUUAUGGUUGAGUGAGGCCAAUUUUCUACAGUAUUUUUAUUUCCAAUCGUGUUGUAACCGGUCAAAUGCAUGGAUUCAAUUGGGCAAUGCAAUAAGAAUAGCACAGGCAUUGGGGUUACAUAGGAGCUGUAUAAACGAAAGAAUUCAACGCGUUGAUAUACGAAAUCACAGAAGGAGAUUAUGGAGGAGCCUUUACGUUUGUGAUUGUGCUAGUAGUGUCAACUUGGGGCGCCCCUUAAUGAUUAACGAUUAUGAUUAUGAUGACGCCAAUUGCAAAAUUGAAGACGAAAACUUUGAUGAUGUUGAGAGGAUACGCGUUAUGGCCCAGAAAGCAUCUUCUGAUGGGGCAUUAAUCAAUGCGAAAAUUGUGGAGAAUAUUUUUAAAGAUGGAUUAAUCAAUAUAAGAAGAGCUCAUGCUUUGGCUUUGGAAUUGAAAAUUUGGUCGGUGAAAUUACCCAAGGAAUUACAACUAAAUACAGCUUUGGAAAGAGAAAUGGAAUUAGGAACUAAUCCAAAUAACUAUCUAUGUGUUUUUGUUCAUAUUAGCCAGUUGUAUGGAAUUAUGACCUUAACAAGACCAUUUUUGAUAUAUGUUGUUACUAGAAAAUUAAAACCAGAAACAAAGCCGCAAAUUAAGGACGAGCAGAGUUUAAUGAAUUUUUGCAAAGCAUGUAUCAAGGCCAGUUUUUUGGUGAUUAAAUUACUAAAAUUUUAUAUUACUUAUAAUCCCCAUAGGGAGGAAGUGUUUACAAUUCAAUCUUCUUCCUUUUUUGCCUCAAUCAUACUUGGGUUCACCUUGCUUGAGCAAAAGAGAUCAUCUAAACCAGAUCAUCAUUAUAUUGCGGUUCUUCAAGAUGCAUUAACAGAUGGGUAUAAUAUAUUGAACAACUAUGCCCACUUUAAUGUCACAUGUCGUAGAUGGGCAACGAAUUUGCAUAAUAUGAUGAAUGCAUUGAACAAAUACGAGUCUGAUAGUGAAAUUUAUGGUGAGUCGAUGUCUAUGACUUCCUCAAACGAGACUUUUAAUCAUGAAAUGAUUAGUUGGGGAAUAGAGAAUAAGGCUUUGGAAGAGAUUUUGAACUUUCAACAGUUUUUUGUGCCUAGCACAACGUCUCAAGAACUUGAGGAGAUUUUGAACCUUAAUGACAAUCAGAGGUUAUCUGAUUCUAAGAAUUUAAAUUUCAAGCAAAGGGAUUUUCUAGAUGCAUUUAGGUAUGAUACAAGUAAUCAUGUAGUUUUUGGAGAACAGCGGAUCCCCCAAAGAGCAAAAAUAGAUGGAGUUAUGAAUCCGUUAGAUCAAAAGCUUACACUAUCGAACAGAGCAAGAUAG